AUGAGUCAAUUAGGCCAAGAAGGCUGGAGUGGACAAAAGUGUUUGAAAUCAGAGGGCGAUUCAAUUGAACAACCAUUGCCUGAAUCGGAUAGAGAGGAGCAGAUGAUCGGAGCUUUGUCCACUGAGGAGAGCAAGAUCUUUAAGAAACUGAGAUUCAACUAGAAAAUAUAAAUUUUAGAUGAAAAGAAUAAAAAGCCGUAGAAACUAUUUUGUUAUUCAAUUCUCAAAAAAAGAUAAUAAUUUUGA